AUGGACCAUGCUGCCAAGUAUGAGAUGUCUCAUUUCGGUGGCGAGCGCAAACCGACCCGCGAGAAUCCGGAGCGUGAGCAACAGUCCCGCGGACGAGCAAGCUCUAAUCCGUCCAACAACAAGAAGCCGUUCAGCAAGAAGUCCUUCAAGACCGGUCACUACGCUCCCGCGGAACAAGCCAAGGAAGGACCCGUGUGCUACUAUUGCAAGAUGCCAGGGCACUUCAAGCGUGAUUGCAAGAAGCUGAAGAGUGACGAGGAAAACGAUCAGCCACGCCAGUAG